AUAUUGCUAUUUUCCUGUUGGUGGGUCCCUUCUCCUAACCAAUGAGAAUAUUCGCCGAGCUGGCGAGCCCCUGGGAUUGGUCGAAAGUUUUCCAGCGGCUGCCCCUUCUCCUCACGCCCGGCUGGAGGAGUGAGGUCUGUCGCUGACUGAACAGCUCCGGCGGUAGCGUGUCCCAGCCCAGGAACCGGCGCUGCACUGCUCCCAACUAUCCCCAGGAGCGUCCCUCUGUGACAGCGAUGAGGCUGCGGGCGGUCCUCUGUCUCUGGGCGGCUGUUUGCUGCCUUGGAAGAAACCCGGCGGACGCUCGGCCAGGCAAGCCCUGCGUGCCCACUUGCACUGGUACCAGUCACCUGAAUUACCAGAAAGGUUUCCGAUAUACCUACAAAUACACGACUGCCACAAACAGUUUCUUGCAGGGAAGUUUAGAUGAGAGCAGUGGACUGACAAUUGACUGUUUAGUCAUUAUCAAUGUUCUUGACAAGUGCCACCAUGUCUUAACACUAAGAAAUACACAGAUUAAAGGAUCAAUGUCAAAUGAGCUGGAACUUCUCCCAAGUCAGGAAAAGCUAAGAGCUUCUCUGGAGAAACACCCACUUCAGUAUUCAUUCCAAGAUGGGUUAAUCCCUGAGAUCUGUCCUUCAGACAGUGAAGAAACCUGGGCCCUGAACAUUAAGCGAGGCAUUCUCAGUGUUCUCCAGGAUUCCUAUACAGUAAAUAAACAGCAGACUGUUGAGGAGGUGGAUAUUUCAGGGAAGUGUUUGUCCGUGUAUAAGGUGCAAGGUUCCCUUCUUGUGAAGUCUAAGGAUUUGAACCGUUGUUCCUUACGUGCUACGGCUGUCACUUCAUUGCAGUCAGUACUUCUACCUGAUUCUACAGCCCAUCAACAGAUCCUGGAUUCACAUCUAGAAUGCGUACAGAGCUAUAAAGAUGGCACCGUAGAAAUGGCCAUUUGCAAUGAGUCAAAUGUCUUUCAGCCUUUCUCCAAAGGAGGAAAAGGGGCAAAGACAGAGAUUCUCACUACACUCAAAUUCCUAAAAAAAGAGGAAGCAGUAUUCAAGCCCAGAGUGGAGUUGAAGGCAUUCCACCACAGCACUCUAUUGUUUGAGAGAGAGAGUGGCGAAGAUAAAAAGGCAGGAUCUUCAAGUGCAGAGCAAGUCGCGGAGACUGUGAGACAGCUCUGCAUUAUCAAGGGCAUGACUUUUGAGUCUGCAGAUCUCUUCAUGUCCCUGGUGUUUGACCUCCGGAGUCUUUCCAUUGGAACCCUCCAAGACCUGUGGCAGCGGGCGCUGUUCAAAUGCAGAGACAACUGGCAGCCUCUGGUGGACACCCUACCAGCCUGUGGAACUGAAGCGUGUGUCAGUUUCAUAACAGAGAUUGUUCUGUCGAAAGAGCUGGAUACAGAUCGGACAGACACCUUUCUGUGGUCUUUGGCGUUCAUUCCUGAACCAACGAUACCAAUGAUUGCUGCAGUUACUGCCCUGCUGAGGUCACCCGACACACGUGCACAGGCCUUUCUCGGAACUUCUUCACUCGUUCAUAACUUUUGUUCAUUGCACAAACAAUGUCAAGUGGUCCCUGAGGUGCAGGAGUUCAUGAAGAUACUCGAAAGUCAUGUACAAGGAAACUGCCGAGCACGAGAUUCCGAGAGAAAGGAGAAGGUGCUGAUGUCCCUGAAAGCAAUUGGAAACGCCGGUCUCGCUGCCACAGCCCAGAUCCCAACUUUGAAUAAAUGUCUCCAGGCAAAAUCCAGUCUGCUGGAAGUGCGGCUAGCAGCCAUUGGUGCUUUCAGACGCAUUCCCUGUGAAGCUGGCCGCCCGGUGUUAAGACAGCUAUAUCAAACAGUGGAUGAAGAUGUCGAACUCCGAAUUGCUUCAUACUACAUGUUAAUGAAAUGUCCCAGUGAGCAGCUCUUUGAUACAGUGGCAUUCUCUCUACAGAAUGAAAGAUCCAGUCAAGUUGGCUCAUUUGUGUGGACCCAUCUGUCCCAGAUCUUGGAAACUAAUGACCCUCUUAAGCAGCAGAUUAAGAAAAGUCUUCCAUAUGACAUUGUCACCAAAGAUUUUGACCUAGAACACUGGAAAUAUUCAUCUUACGUGGAUGCCACCUUCCAGUCAGAAACGUCCUCUGUUGGAGCAAAUGCAGAAGCAGCCCUCGUUUUCUCUCCUAAGUCCUUCAUGCCACGCUCAGCGAUGGCCAAUUUGACUGUAUUUGUGAUGGGCUACGCUGUGAAUCUCCUUGAGGUUGGCAUUAGGGUCGAAAAUGCUGAAUACCUAGUGCAGAAAAUGUUUGGUCACAAACUAGGUCCUUUGAUGGAUGCUCCCAAAGGUACAAAAGGUUCCGGGAAGAAAUGGAGGAUGAGAAAUCCGCUGAAGACUUCAGUUCAGUCUGUGGAGAAGCUGGGAGCUGUACGGAGGCACCCGCUCAGCAAGUUUGUAGCGGUGAGGCAGCAAGUGGAGAAGGCAAAACGGAGCUGCCAGAACGUGGACUAUAGCGGCAUUUAUGAACUUGAGGCUAAAUUUACAAAACGGAUGGCAAAGAAGAAGAAGAAGCUGACGUGUGGCCUGAGCAUGAAGAUAUUUGGAAAUGAGCUCAGCUUUUUAGACUGCAGUGAUAUGAGGGCUCAGAUAAAGCAAUAUUCCCUGGACAUGGCAGAAAUUGCCAUCAGACUUUUAAAGGGUCAGGAGGUUCAGUAUAACAGAAGGACCAGUCUAGCUACAGAGGAGUUGACAUUUUCCUCCAUCUCAGGCCUCCCUAUUAGACUUGCUGUAAAUGCAUCAGCUGGCACAAACUUUAAAAUUAAAGGGAACAUCGAUGUUAAGCAACGAACAGACUUUAUCAUCACUGGUUUCAUCAAGCCAAGUGCUCACGUUCAUGUGUCUGUCCACAUGGGAGUUGACGGGGCAAUUGGUAAAGCUGGUCUGGAAUGGGUGGCAGGAAUGAGAACAUUGACAAGCCUUGAUGGUGGAAUCCAGUUAAAGAAAGGACAAGACCUGAAAAUCUUCCUGAACACACCACAGGAGACGAUGGAGAUCAUAGAUAUCAGCUCAAGACUUUACACAACAAAUCCAAGUCGCAAAGAGGAAAUGAUUGGAUCCUUUGAUCGAAGGGAAGCAAGAACCUGUAGUGAAGAUGAAAUCUCCAAACAGAUCGGAUGGCAGAUUUGUUCCGAAAUGUCCUAUCCCUUGGGAACCUCUGGCCCUACGUUUCCACUCUCGGGCCCUGCUGAAGUUUCUGUGAUGCUAAUAAAGCGGGACAAAGGACUACAGCAGUAUCUGCUGGAGGCAGCAUACUCCUACGUUCAUCAGAAGAACAGCUGGUUUCCGGCUGAGGCUACACUUCACUUUUUCAUGGGAACCCCAAAGUCAGUUGUCAACAGGGAUGUGGCUGUUGACUUUCAGUUGAACUACUCAAAGCGAAAACUAUCAGCGAAAAUUAUUCAUCCAAAGCGCAAGAUAAAAAUAGAUGGAGAGAUUACAAAAAUGAAACACUCCCGCACAGGACAGCUGGAAGUCCUCAUUGAUGACAAAGACUUGUAUUAUGUUAAGGGAUGGACAAACUUGCAAACUCUUGAUGGGGAGCAGAUGCUUUUCUCCCAGCUGGAAGCCAAACUCACAAAGCGUGGGAGCCCCGUGAUACUGUCUGGCAAUGUGACCAGAGUUGCUGGACAGAAGAUUGCAUUUUUUGUAUCACUGAACAAUGUAAUGCAAGAAACAGCUACUGUGUCAGUUCGUUUGGAGCAAAAGGUUGACGAGAAACAGAGGCAGUAUACAAUAGAAGCUGACACCUACCUUCCACGCAUUCUGGGAUGUCAGAUCAUUGGCUUUGUACAGCAAAGAGGAUCUACUUGGUCCUCCACACUGCGAGGAAAAUAUGGGCUCUUUGAUGAUGCCCUGAAUCUUCGGCAUGAGUGCAACAUGGCUCAGAAGAUGAAGAGAGAGAUGAGCCCUACGGAAACACACAAACUCCAAGUGCAACACGAGUUUCACUGCACUCAGAUUAUGUCCUAUAACCAUAAGCUUCAUCUACAACAUGAGGAAAGUGAGUCACGGACGCACACACAGCUUGCAAUCAAUUAUGGAAAGCACUGGGAUGAAAUUAAUAACAGGAAGAAAAUUUUCAUCACACAGCUCUUCAAGAAUGACUCCAGCCUCAGUCUAACAAAUUACUUCAUGGAGUUCACCUUGCAAAUUCCAGAGAAGCAAAUAAACUACAAGACCCAACUGCAGCAUUCCCAUUCACUGGAGGGCUACACUGAAAGCAACACACAUGCUAAAGUGGUGUACAAUGACAAGACCCCAUUCCAGGCAGGAAUUCAAUGGAAGGAUACAUCAAAACCUAACCUAAAGAAAUGGGAAGGUUCGUUGAAGCUAGAUACGCCUUGGCUCUACCUUCAUACUUUGCAUAAACUGAAUCAACCUCACAUUCGUGCUUACCAAGCAAGUGUGGAAAUAACAGCAGCAAAAGCUGUAUUCGUGAAGAAUUUAGUCAUCUCCACCUAUUAUAAAAACAAAGGCAAUAAAAUGGAGGGAAGGAUCCAUAUUCACACACCCAGCACCACUUAUUUAAAGGCAUCAACUUUUGGACACAUUACUGAAAGUUUGUUCAGGAGCCACAGUGAGGUCGUCUCCCUUUGGAACCUUCCCAUUAAGAACAAAAUCCUUGUGGAAAGUAAAGAGAAACUCAAGUCUGCCUCGUUUUGGCUAAAGCAUCAGAAGAAAGAGUUUAAUUUCACAGCUAACUACACAAGUAGAGAGGAGCCAAAGAAGAAAAGGAGCAUUGCAGUGAUGGCCCUUUGGACAGACGGUAAGAGCCCACCAUUGAUAGUGCAGUUGAAUGGACAAAUCGAGGAAUUGAAGAGGGAGAAGAUGUUUUUCCAGAACCGUGCAUUAAUUCAAUUCAGCCAUCCUUUUAAACUGCCAAUACCAGAGAACAUCCUCCUACAGGAGACUUUCACCGUAGACAAGAAAAAGAAACACUAUGUUUUGGAAGUGAAAGCUUUGGUGAAUGAGAAAGAUGAAACAAUUCACACACUCAUCCUUGGAUAUCAGCCUGAGAAACCUUACAUCUGUGUCGCUUUAGUGCACCCUUAUAAUGGUGACGUGAUCCCAAAGAACAUGGAUGUUUGUGUCAGGACAAAGACAGACCACAUGGCAAAAUUUGAGGCAGAAGCGACAAUGAGAAUCAACAAAAGAGAUGCCUUGAAGUUCAGUGGACAAUAUCAGAAUAAAUCCACAGAUACGGAUUGCUGGCAUUUGGUGCAUUUUGAUGCAGAUCACAGUCUCCAGAUACGGGUUCCUCAUACUGUAACGCUGGAUGGGGAGUUAUUCACAAUGCACAGCAAGAAUGAGAUCUUCAACUAUGGAGCAAAUUGCAGAUUUACCAUCAAUAAGUUGGAUACAUCACAGUUUUCAGUUCAGGUGAAUGGCUCCUCCAGUCAGAUGAGAGUUUAUUCCCAGUUCAGCCAUCCAUACCAGUCAACAAUACCAUACACUUUCCAGACCUACGCAACAGCGAAGAAUUAUGCAGAGAACAACUAUAAUGGCACAUUCUUCCUGCACUCUAAUGGCCAAGACCUUGUGGUAACAGAGUUUGAUGUUGUAAAUGAACGGAAACAGAGUGUCCGAAUUCUGGGUAUUAAAGCUGUCCUACACCAGAGCUUUCUGACUGGGCCAGAGAACAGCCAAUUGCAAAUAACUGCAAAAGCACAUCAUUCAAGAUGUUUGGUGGUUUCCAGUCUGCAGUUCGAUGGGAAAGCUUUUGCACUGGACAUGAUGGCACUAAAAGAGCACCAAGAAGGCUUGAUCUUAUCAAUGGCUGGUACUGUCCAGCAUAACAUGAACACUGGGCAAUUAAUUCCACAAUACCUGCAUGUGGAUGCAACAUUAAAACAGCAAAUCAAUAUUAAUGAAGGUCACAUGAAUAUUGAAAUUGAUGACAUCCUCUACAGACUACAGCUUCAAAAUAACAACACGUUUGGGGACAGCUCUGCCAAUGAUUUGAUUGUCACCUUUCUCCAAAAUGGCAGCCGAACCUUCCCAGCAAUGACUGAGUUUAAAGGACACUUGGAGCUAGGCCAAGAAUCAAGAAUGGGACAGGCCUGUUGGCAGACCAAUGAUAAAUCAAUAUGCUUCCAGCUUUUACAGCUGACCAAAGCAAACCAGACCAAGGUCACUGGGAAAGUGACCCACAACCUGGAAGAAUUGGUAGCCACAGGUUUACCUGCUGAUGGGAGACUCUCUCUGAAUUAUGAUCACGUGAAUAAGAAUCGUGCUGUUGUGAUUGAAAUGCAAAGUGGCAGUAAACACUUGCAGGCCUCUGUUGAAAUGGAGAGAACAUUUACUGGUACCCCGACCUACCAGCUAACCACCAAUCUGCUGCACAGCGUGGAGGAACUGAGACAACUUGGUCUUCCAUUUUCAUCCAUUGGAAGCUAUCAUUAUCAGAAUCUCAGGAAUGGAUACAUUUCUAAUAUAAAUGUGAGACUGGAGGAGCAGCAUCUCCGAGCAGAGAUAGAACAGAAGAGCACUGCAAGGACAGGGGAGAUCUUUCUGUUGUUUAACCACAAUGUAGAGGCAUUGUCUAAAAGGAUACCAGGAACAAUUCAGGUAAACUGCAGCGGAGAGGCUUCUCAAAGGCUGCUUCUGGGACACUGUUCUGGAGCAGUGGCAGGCAAACCCUUUGAGAGUGCACUGCCAGCAAGUUUCUCCCUGAAUGGGACACUGAGGACAGACUGUUGUGAAGCAGACUUCACUGGCCACCUCCAGAUGGACAACAGGUUUGCACAACUGGAAUGGCAAACUAUAUGGAGCCCAAUUCCCAGCAUAGACAUUGGUUUCAGGCACUCCAUACCUUUCAUACUGACUGUGGGCAUCCCAAAGGACAACAGACUGCUGAUCCGAACAGGCAAAGGGACGAAACCUGAGGCCUCUGUUGAGUUUACCAUUGGCGAAUGCAGCUUCAGAGCUGUCGGUGAUGUCGAAUCCCCCGGCAACAGGAAAGAAGGGAGCGGAGCUUCAUGGUCAGCAUCUCUCAUGCACAGAUGUCUUACCCUUGAGAGAGUGGGGGUUCCACAAAAUCUGGAGACCAGUGGCUCUUUGAACAUUGACAGCUGCAACGUUGCGUUCAGAACGGAUGUGCUAAAUGAUGGUGAGACAGCAGAAUUGCACCUGGAGAAGUCCUGUGGUCCAAAAUACACAGUGCAGGGCAUGUUCAAGCACAAUGUCCCACGGCUAAGUAAACAGGGUAUUCCCAGCGAAAAUCAAAUCCUGCUCGUGGCCGCAAAGGGAGCAAAAAUGGAAGGCUCCAUCCUGCUGCAGUCUGGGAACUGCAAACUCCGGGCUGAUGGUAAUUUAAACACUGGACCAAAAGCAGAGUGGAUGUGGGUGACAGAAACAGAUUGCUGGAUAUUACAGAAUUUUAAGAUUCCGGCCCAGUCACAUUGUAAUGGAUCCAUUUACAUCGAAGGUUGUAAAGCAGAAUUUCUAACCAGUAUCCAAUUGGAAGACCACACUGCACUCCUGGAGAUAAAUUCAGAAUGUAAUCCUAAAGUUAAUAUAGAGGUCAUAUUUCAACACAAACUACCAGUACUAAACGGGAUCCCAGCACACAAUAAACUCUAUUUUACAGCUGAAAAAAACCAAAAAUCUGAGUUUGAAUUGGAUUUAUUGAUGGGGACUUGCAAUCUUCUGGCAAACGGAGCUCUUCAAGUGAAAAAUAAAACAGAAUUAAACUUUUUGGUAAACAGCAAAUGCAAGAAGCUGCAGGAUCUAGGAAUACCUCUGAAAAUUGAAGGGUCAGGUCAUAUUGUGAUAAAUGGAGUUAACUUCGAUUCACAACUACAGAUCAACAUUUACCAGACUAUACUAGAAGGUUUGCUCACUCUGAAAGCUGGUGCUAAUAAGCACGAGAUUAAUGCCUCAUUGUUUCACAACAUUGAUGGUGCCUCACGGCUUGGAAUUCCAGGAAACACAGUUGUCGCUUUAACAGCUGAGAAAGAGGGCGAUAUGUACAGACGGUCCGUCCGAUUUAUUAUCGAUGGCAAACAGAUCAUUGAAGAUAUGACUUUCAUUCACAAGGCACAGCAUAUCUCCUUGAACUAUAAGCUUACUCACAAUAUCGAGAUGCUGAAGAUCCUAUUCAUAGAUGAAAACACUGAUAUACAGGUUAACGCCGAUAUCCAAGGACAGGCUCCUAAUCUCGAGGGAUCUGUUCGCAUCAUUGUGGAUGGUAACAAGUCAAUUGCAUAUGCAUUCAACACCUAUUCAAAUGAAGAACAUUUUAAGUUAAUCAUCAGGAACAGUCACAACAGCGAAAGCUUAGCAACUGCUGGAUAUCCAAAAGAGAUUGUGCUUUUGUUAAUUGCACAAAGAACUGAUACCAAAGUGAGUUCAGUAUUUGAUAUUCAAUAUGAUGCCAAGAGUAUGAAGUUAAGUCUGGAUGCCCCCAGACAGUUUGCACUGGGUACUGUCGCUGAAUUUAAAAUGGAUGUUCAGCAUCGGAUCCCCUUCAUUAAGCAGCUUGGUGUGCCUUUCAGCAUCAAGGCUAUUUGCAAUGGUCUGCUUAAAGACACAGCUGUGGAUGCAUCAUUGAAGCUGACAUAUGAACCAGCCACCAAUGUGAUACUGCAUGUGGAGGGAAUAAAUCAACAUUACAAUAAGGAGUUGCAGUUGAUUGCUUUGCAGAAUAUCCCUACCCUCAGGAACCUUCCCCAGGCAAUAGAAAUCUCAACCAAAACAAAUUACACCACGAAUGUGAUCAAAGGAACUCUGAGCGUCAUGUUGGAUGGAAAGAAACUGGACGCUUUCACCAUUUUAACUGCUGGUGAUUCCAGUUUCGGUGAAGUAUUGGAGAUGACCCACACAUUCGCACAGUUGAAAACAAUUCCUAAACAAUUGGUCUGUAACACUGUUUAUCAGAGGAUUGGCCGAAACUACAAGCUCACUCACAAUUCCACCUGGGAAGACAAAGAACUGAGAUUUUUCGGAAACUACAGUGGACCUUUCCCAAAGAUAUUUGGACGUCAUGAAACCUAUGUGAACUUUCUCCACCCGUUUGCUAUCCCGUUGCCUCACCAAUCGCAGCUCAGGAUGAGUCUGAGUCAUUCUCUCCUCAGUCACCAGGACGACGUUGUAAUUAACUGGGACAACACAGACCAGGUGGUUCUUUCAGCUUCCCUGAAUUUGGAUAACGACCGACUGGACAGCCGAGCCCACCUUCAGCACCCAUUCAAACUCUCUUUGAAGAAGUUUGAACUACAGUGUCUUUCUGAAAGAAAAGAACAGAAAUACAAUCAAAAGGCUCAUGUUUCCUGGAAUGGAGGUCAGCCCAUUGAUCUUAAAUUUACAUUAGAAUACACUUUGGAAAGGAAUUUAACAGCAUGGGACACGUGUGUGGACUUUUCUACAGGCCAGCUGCAGCCCUUGCUUCUGAUACAGUCUCUGCACAGUUGUGGAUCUGUCAUGUCCACUCAAAACUCUUUCACUGAGAGUAUGGAACUUCAUUGGAGUGACAAGGAAAUCAAUCAAAGCUUUGAAUAUCAGAGUAACAGACCAACGAGACCAGACAGUAUCGGAAUUGCUGCCACUUUCUCCAACGUUUUCCAGUCGACUUGUGGAAGGCAGGACAUUCUUGGGAAGAUCCAAACUGAUUAUCGUGACCAGUUCAACCACUAUCUGAAAUUGUCCUUCUGCAACAUGUCAAAUUCUAUCAAGCUGUCAGGAAAGCACCAGCGGAAUAAAGGAGAAGUUAUUCUGUCAUCCCAAACCCGAGUCAGUCUUUCCAGUAAUGAGAAACAUGACAUGAUGCUGGCAAUGUCUCUGAGAGACAGUGGACAGGCAAAUGUAAAGAACUACUCUCUGGACAUGGAGUGGAAAGCUUCAGAUGUCAGUCAUCUAGGCCUGCUCGGGAUGUACACUGCCUCAGCCAUCAAGAGAAGAGUGGUACUGGAGGCAAAGAUUGAAAACAAAGAGAAAAUUAAAGUCGCCAGCACACGUGAGAGAGGAUGUCAGCAUUACUACACUGGAUAUACUUCUGGUGGACCAGAUGAGGACGGAGUAGCGUUGGCUCUUUGCUCCAGUGGAAGAGGCAGUGCGAAAGCAGAACUGUACCAGACGCUGAAUGAGAUGAAGCAGGGAGAACUGGGCCAUGUUGCGUUUGCUGUUGUCAAUAGGAGUAUGCAGAGUGUCCUGAGAGUAACGACACAAGGCUGUGGCCACCUCAUUACCAGGACUGAGGCCAAGCUUUCAGAAAUAGUUUUGCAGUUUAAGAACCACUUGCUGAAAAAGCUCAAAGAUUUUGACCUGCGUAUUUGGAAAUUCAGGAAGAAUGUUGAAGGUGUUGACUUCCUGUAUGAAACAUGCGGUUGGUUACUAAAGGUUUCCCAGAAGACAGCCGAUGUGAUCAGGAAUGGCGGUAGACCAUUUCGUCAGUUCUGGAAGCUGAGCAGAGCCAGGCAGAUGAUGCUACAUGCUGUCCCAUUGUACCUAGCAAAGCUGGACGAAAUGUUGCAACAGUUACAAGGAGAACUUCAAAAACCAGUGGCCACAUUAAAGGGCGCUUACUACGAUGUAACAUUGAAGGAACUUGAUCAAGAAUGGAAACAGAAGACUGAGGAGUAUCUGGACAAAAUUCAAUCUUUUAUACCCACCGUAGUUCAGGAUACAUGGCUGUUGCAUUCAGUGCCAAAAUUGCUUCAUAUUACCAAGCAAGUAUUUGAUUUGGCAGUGCAACAAAUAGUGACGUGGGCAGAGGCAAGAAUCUCCAAAGCAACAAGUAAGAUCCAUAAGCCACUUGCCAAUCUCUACAAAUACUCACCAGAAGAUUGCUCUGUCGUGGUGAAUGUGCCGUUGUUGUCAAUGGGGAAUCACUUACUUGAUGUGGCGAAGAUUACCAACUACCUUGUUGAAACCAAGCUGAUAAAGACACUGAGGAGCCUGUACAAUAUAAACCCAGUUGCUGAAUAUUACAGAUUGAAACACAGGAUGCUGGACAGCCCCUUUGAACAUCAAGCCUUACUUAUUGGAAGCAAGCACUACGUGACAUUUGAUGGGAAGAUCUACGAUUUUGCCAGCCAGUGUAGUUUCCUUUUAGCUAAGGAUUUCCAAAGGAACACUUUCACAAUAUUAUUGAAUCAUGAUAGUGAUGGCAAGAAGUCUAUCCGUGUGGAAAUGAAUCGCACCGUCAUUGAUAUAUACCCAGGAAUAAAGGUUGAAGAGAAUUGCAAAGCCAGUGAACUGCCCCUGAUGAGAAAUGGAGUUACAGUCAGAAAGGACCUCAAUAAAAUCGAAGUGUCAAAUCAAAAUGGAGUGACAGUAUCAUGUGAUGUCCAAUAUGACGUCUGCAGUCUGACUCUCCCUGGGUGGUACCAUGGCUUAUCAGCUGGUCUGUUUGGAACAAAUGAUAAUGAAGCUGGGAAUGAGUUCAUGUUGCCCAAUCACUCUCAGACUGAGAACGUGGAAGAGUUUGCACACAAAUGGCAGAUUGAUGCACCCUGCCGUACCACUGGCAAGAAGAUCAAGCUAUGCUUUGGCAGUGCUUUUCAGUACAUCUGCAAAAUAUUAUUCAAAGGUCUCUACUCCCCGCUGAGAAAUUGUUUCAGAGUGGUCGAUCCUAUUCCAUUCUAUGACAUGUGCCUGAGUGAUAUGUGUGAAUCCUCGGACCUCCAGCCAGGCUGUAACCUCGCAGCUGCCUUUGUCCAUAUAUGCAACAGGAAUUUUGUCCCUCUGGAAAUUCCGUCACAAUGUGUGACUGGCAAGGCCGGUGACAGUAUGCAGAAUGAUGACGUGGUAGAUAUUGGACAAAGACGAACACUGGAACCAGCUGAUGUCCUCUUCAUCAUUGAGGAAAGAGACUGCAAUAAGCCCAUUGUCACACAACUUCCUUCAAUGAUUAACUCAUUGGUCGACACCUUCAAAACACAAGGAAUCACGGAUGUGAAAUUCGGUUUCAUUGGCUUUGGCGAUGAAGGCGUUCAUGAGCAGCACCUGCUCACUGUAAAGAGAGAGAAUUCAUCAUCAUGGCACUUGGCAAAGGAGCUGGGUCACCUGUUGUUCAACCGCAAUAUCUCAUACAACAUGCCGGCUGUUGUAACUCUGGUAACACAGUGGCCUUUCCGUGUUGAGGCGGUCAAGAGUGCAGUUCUACUGACUUGCUCCACAUGUCACCGAAACUAUGAGUUGUCUGAAGACACUUUGCAGACCUUGCUGACAUCAUCGGGAAUCAUAUUACACGUUCUAAAGGACAUGAGGCUCCAGCUUAAGAAUGGAGAGAGCGACAGCAGUGUUGUUGGUUUGGACGACAGCAGUGUCUUUAGAGUCAGCAACAGUGGAAGCCAACCAUUUAAAACAUCACACCAUCACGUUGCAUUGCCUGCUGAGGAUGUGUGUCUGGCUGCAGCAAUCAAAUCAGGAGGUGCAGUAUUUGAUUCUUCAAAGUUCAUCUCACAAAGUGAAAAUUUCCUCCAAUUAUUUAGUCACCGAGUCACCAGGAAUCAUAAGGACAGCAAGUGUGAAACUUGCCAGCCCACUGCAGGUUGAAAUGGUUUCACGCUUGCUAUCUGAGUUGACUGCCUUUAGCAAAGAGAAUGUCCAAUAAUUAUAGUGCGAGGAGCACAUAAUGAGAAAUGUAUCCUACAGACUGUAACACCCAUGGAAUUAAAGGUCUUUUUUUCACAUUCAUAACAUUAUUGCAGACCACAUCAUCACGCGUUACUCGAAGAUAAAAAUGAUUGCAAGUGAAUGAUUCAAGCAGCAUACAUUUCAGUCUGUGUCUUAUUUGUACUGUCAGCCUAUUGUUGGAUUUAUUUUCCUAGCACAGCAGUGGGAGAAUAUUUUUAAUACUCCACAAAUCAUUGUUGAUCUCUGUACAAAAUAUCCUUGAAGGUUCACCAGAAUUAAUCAAUGUGGAUGAUAAGUGGAAGCUAAGCCGGGCAGGUAAAACGCACUUCAGAAAGGCAAGCUCGGAAACUCAUGGUCUGACAUUUCAGCUGAACAAAGAUGGUUAGUCUAACUGUGCUGCACAGAUAACUGUGUCUGGGCAUAUGCCAUCCAUGCAAUUUAAUAUGGGCUGUCAGCAAACAUUUGAUUUCUUCAUUUUCAACUUAUUGAAUUUACUGAAUCGUUCUGCAGUAGAAACAGACCCAAAGGCUUGGAGCUGCUGAAGAAGCACAGAACAGCAGGACUUAUUUUAUAAUGGGUGAUAGAAUAUGUUUGAUAAGUUCAUCAUGCAAGAAAUGGUCUUCCGCAAAUUUGACUUGCAAAUCUUGAAAUAAUAUUGAGGUCCAAAAUCCUUUCAAACAUAAUUUACAGAGCGCAGGGUCCACAUUAUUGGGUGAAUGUUGCAUUGUGCUGUGAUAGUUUGUCAGUCUUGUUGAGUUUACUCUUGUUCACAAUGGGUGUCAAAAGCUGGUUGGCUUACCAAGCAAGGUGAAGAGAUUCAGUCACUUGAAAGAACAGCGAUUCUAUCACAUUCACUGGCAGGCAUGAUCAAGUAGCAAGAAACAUUCUGGUUAACAUGGCAGUGAAAUUAUAUCUACUGCUCCUUCAAUAAAGCUGCAAACCUUAGCAAGCACCUUCAUUAAUCCAAUUAGAUUAAAUUAGUUAUGGAAAUAAUAUUCAGAAGAUCAAGGAAGACAACAGUUCGUUGAGUAGCAGUAAUAGUUUACUACCCGAAUUGUAAAUAUCUCAAUUUUGCAUAAAAUGUGUGCCUUUUUAUUUUGUCUCUCAAUUAAUACUGUAACUACAUUCCUUAUCUCUGACACACUUUGUUAUAAUUAAAUUAAUACUGGAUUUUUUGGUAAAUGUAGAUUAUCAAUUUCAGUGAGGUAUGUUAUCAGUAAGUGAAUUGUAGCUAUCAUUUCCCCUUUAGACAUUGAAUGUCCUGAAAUACAGCUUUCAUAUUUUGUGCUGGCUUGAGGAAUGUAUAAAUAGUAUGACCUGCAGGUUUUCUUUGUUUGUUCAUUAGAUUUCAAAAAUGUGUAAUUCAGAGAAAGCAACGUUUUGAUUAUAUCUUGUAAUUCUCAGUUUUCAGUUUUGUUUCCUUCUACUAGUGAAGUUACUUUAUUCGAACGUUGUGAUAAGUUUCAUUCAUUAUAAUUCUGCAGUUGGAGGGGACUAAAUCUUGCACAUGUUUUCAAUGUCAUAUUUCUCCCAUACCUCAUCAAUACCAUGCACUUUUAUAUUUGGUUGUGUUUAUGGAUUUUUUAAAAAUAAAAUUAGGUUAGAACUUCCAGUGUGCACCUAGUUUUAAUUUGGAAGUGGUUUGGUUUGUUAUUAAUUUAUGGAGAAGGAUUAUCAAAGCAUGCUAUGUCUUGUACGAGGCAGAUAUAAACGAAAUAAAUUUCAGAUUCAAGUUGGGUUUGUGCAACCCAUCCUG